AAUAGGAACAAGGAGCGGGGGUCCGCGACUAGAAAGAAACGGCGGCCGAGAAGGGGCUACUGGGACCAUGGGUCUUCUGACCAUCCUCAAGAAGAUGAAGCAGAAAGAGCGAGAGCUGCGACUGCUCAUGCUCGGCCUGGAUAAUGCUGGUAAAACAACCAUCCUCAAGAAGUUCAAUGGAGAAGACAUCGACACCAUCUCUCCAACACUGGGCUUCAACAUCAAGACGCUGGAGCACCGUGGAUUCAAGCUGAACAUCUGGGAUGUGGGCGGCCAGAAGUCCCUGCGGUCCUACUGGCGGAACUACUUUGAGAGCACGGAUGGCCUCAUCUGGGUGGUGGACAGCGCCGACCGCCAGCGCAUGCAGGACUGCCGACGUGAGCUCCAGAACCUGCUGGUGGAAGAGCGCCUGGCCGGAGCAACCCUCCUUAUCUUUGCCAACAAGCAGGACCUGCCUGGGGCUUUGUCCUCUAAUGCCAUUCAGGAGGCCCUGGAGCUGGACUCGAUCCACAGCCACCACUGGUGCAUCCAGAACUGCAGCGCUGUCACCGGGGAGAACCUGCUGCUUGGCAUCGACUGGCUCCUGGAUGACAUUUCCAGCCGCAUCUUCACGGCCGACUGAGCUGCACCCAGCACCCACCUCCCAGCCCAGG